AUGGCCUUAUGGAAAGAGAAAGCUGAUCUCCAAAUAAAGGCUAGAUUCAGGCCACUCAUUGCCAAGAAGAACCCGAAGAUUCCAAUGUCCAAGAUGAUGACAAUCCUUGGUGCCAAGUGGCGAGAGUUCAGCGCCAACAGUCCGUUCAAGGGGUCAGCAGCUGCAGUGGCAGCGGCUGCUGCAGCAGCAGCAGUUGCAGCUGUGGUGGAACAGGUGUCCACUGCUGGUGCCUCAUCAGGGAGCCUUCCUGUGCCACCAGUGCUCCCCAUCCGCAAAGCCAAGACCAAAGAGGGUAAAGGUCCUGGUGCGAAGAAACGGAGCAAGAGCCCGAGGGUUCCGGAUGAAAAGAAAAAAAAGAGGAAGAAGAUGAUUCCCUUGAAAAUUAAGCUGGGUAUAAUGGGGUCAAAGAGGAAGAAAAGCUCCUCGAGUGAUGAGGCAGACUUGGAUGCAGAGUCAGAUUUUGAUGAUGCCAGUGUGCACAGCUCAUCAAUUCGAUCUGACAGUUCUGUUGCACCCCUGAAAAAAGCAAAGCUGAAAGCUAAGGUUGGCCGUAAGAAGAGGAAGGUUGCUGGUGAAGAGGAGGCUGACGGGUAUGAGACUGAUCACCAGGAUUACUGCGAGGUCUGUCAGCAGGGAGGAGAGAUCAUCUUGUGUGACACCUGUCCUAGAGCCUACCACUUGGUUUGCCUGGAUCCAGAGCUAGACAAAGCACCGGAAGGGAAGUGGAGUUGCCCCCACUGUGAAAAAGAAGGUAUUCAGUGGGAGGCAAAGGAUGAGGAAGAAGAAGAGGAGGAUGAAGACGAGGAGGUGGAGUUAGGAGGCGAGCGGGAGGAAGAGGAUGAUCAUAUGGAGUACUGUCGAGUCUGUAAAGACGGUGGGGAGCUACUGUGCUGUGACGCCUGUCCGUCCUCCUACCAUAUUCACUGUCUCAAUCCACCACUUCCAGAAAUUCCCAAUGGCGAAUGGCUGUGCCCCCGCUGUACAUGUCCUCCGUUGAAAGGCAGAGUCCAGAAGAUUCUUCAUUGGAGGUGGGGUGAACCGCCAAUACCAGUCCCUGUGCCCAGACCACCUGAUGCCAAUCCUGAGGAUUCCCCACCGAAACCACUGCACGGGCGCCCUGAACGGGAGUUUUUCGUUAAGUGGGCUGGCUUAUCGUAUUGGCACUGCUCCUGGGUCACUGAGCUGCAGCUGGAGAUUUAUCACUCGGUGAUGUUCCGGAAUUACCAGCGAAAGACUGACAUGGACGAGCCACCUCCGUUUGAUUACUGUUCUGGGGAUGAUGACAGCAAGAGUGAAAAGAGAAAAGCCCAGGACCCUCAGUAUGCUGCAAUGGAGGAGAAGUUUUACCGCUAUGGGAUAAAGUCUGAGUGGAUGACCAUCCAUCGUAUCCUGCAGCACAGUAUCGACAGGAAGGGAAACUACCACUACUUGGUGAAGUGGAGAGAUCUGCCAUACGACCAGGCCACUUGGGAGAAGGAUGAGCUGGAAAUCCCGGAUUACGAUUCGCUCAAAGUUGCAUACUGGAAUCACAGGGAGAUGAUCAUUGGGGAGGAUCCCACCAGGCCCAAGAAAACAAAGAAGUUCAAGAAAAUCAAGGAGUUCUUGGCUGACAAGCCUCCUGGCUCGCCUGCAAUAGAGCCAACAAUUAAAUACGAAGUACAGCCAGACUUCAUCACAGUCACUGGUGGAACUUUGCACAUGUACCAGCUGGAGGGACUAAACUGGCUGCGCUUCUCCUGGGCGCAGGGCACUGACACCAUCCUAGCUGAUGAGAUGGGGCUAGGAAAGACCAUCCAGACCAUUGUCUUCUUGUACUCUCUGUACAAAGAGGGACAUUCAAGUGGCCCCUUCCUGGUCAGUGCUCCUUUGUCUACCAUCAUAAACUGGGAGCGUGAGUUUGAGAUGUGGGCACCAGAUUUCUAUGUGGUGACAUACACUGGAGACAAAGACAGCCGUGCUGUCAUCCGGGAAAACGAGUUUUGUUUUGAUGACAAUGCAGUCAAAGUCAGCAAGCGAGCUGUCAAAAUCAGGAGUCAGGCACAAGUGAAGUUCCAUGUUUUGUUGACCUCCUAUGAGUUGGUUACCAUUGACCAGGCAGCACUGAGCUCCAUUAAAUGGGCCUGUCUAGUGGUAGAUGAAGCGCACAGACUGAAGAACAACCAAUCCAAGUUUUUCAGAGUGUUGAAUGCUUACAAGAUUGCUUGGAAGCUGUUGCUGACAGGAACACCACUGCAAAACAACCUAGAAGAACUCUUCCAUUUGCUUAACUUUCUCACGCCUGACCGUUUCAAUAACCUAGAGGGCUUCCUUGAAGAGUUUGCUGACAUCUCAAAAGAGGACCAGAUCAAGAAGCUCCAUGAUCUCCUUGGUCCCCACAUGCUUCGACGCCUUAAGACUGAUGUUUUCAAGAACAUGCCCUCCAAGACGGAACUGAUUGUGCGUGUGGAGUUGAGUGCGAUGCAGAAAAAGUACUAUAAAUUUAUUCUGACAAGAAACUUUGAUGCACUGAACUCCAAAGGUGGUGGAAAUCAGGUGUCAUUGCUGAAUAUUAUGAUGGAUCUGAAGAAAUGUUGUAACCAUCCUUAUCUCUUCCCAGUGGCUGCCAUGGAAUCUGCAAAGUUACCAAAUGGCGCAUAUGAAGGCAGUGGGCUGAUCAAGUCAUCGGGGAAGUUAACACUCCUCCAGAAGAUGCUGAAGAAGCUGAAAGCCCAAGGCCACAGGGUGCUGAUAUUUUCUCAGAUGACUAAAAUGUUGGACUUAUUGGAAGACUUCAUGGACUAUGAAGGCUACAAGUAUGAAAGGAUUGAUGGGAGUGUCACUGGUGCAAUGAGGCAGGAAGCUAUUGACAGAUUCAAUGCUCCAGGAGCUCUACAGUUUUGCUUUCUGUUGUCGACUAGGGCUGGGGGGCUUGGAAUUAACUUGGCCACAGCCGACACGGUUAUCAUCUUUGAUUCGGACUGGAACCCCCACAAUGACAUCCAGGCCUUUAGCAGAGCCCACCGCAUCGGUCAGGCAAACAAAGUGAUGAUCUACCGCUUUGUCACUCGGGCCUCUGUCGAGGAACGAAUCACACAAGUGGCUAAACGUAAAAUGAUGCUGACUCACCUGGUGGUUCGCCCUGGCCUGGGCUCCAAGACUGGUAGCAUGACCAAACAGGAGUUGGACGAUAUCCUCAAGUUCGGUACAGAAGAACUGUUCAAAGGAGAUAUUGAAGGCGAUAAUAAGGAUGAAGACAGCAGUGUUAUCCACUAUGAUGGGGCUGCUAUUGAUCGACUGCUGGAUAGGAACCAAGAUGCAACAGAAGACACAGAUAUACAAAGUAUGAAUGAGUACCUCACCUCCUUCAAAGUGGCUCAAUAUGUUGUCCGGGAGGAGGCCAAGGAAGAGGAGAUCGAGAGGGAGAUCAUCAAGCAAGAGGAGAAUGUGGAUCCUGAUUACUGGGAGAAGUUGUUGAGGCACCACUAUGAGCAGCAGCAGGAGGAUCUGGCGAGAAACCUGGGCAAGGGCAAACGGGUCCGCAAGCAGGUCAACUACAAUGAUGCUGCCCAGGAAGAUCAAGAAUGGCAGGAUGAUGUUUCAGACAACCAAUCCGAAUAUUCGGUUGGUUCUGAGGAAGAAGAUGAAGACUUUGAUGAAAGGCCAGAAGGUCGUCGCCAAUCCAAGCGUCAACUACGUGGUGAGAAGGAUAAACCGCUUCCACCUUUGCUGGCUCGAGUUGGUGGAAACAUCGAGGUUUUAGGAUUUAACACUCGGCAGAGGAAAGCAUUCCUCAAUGCAGUGAUGAGGUGGGGGAUGCCUCCUCAGGAUGCUUUCAACUCCCAAUGGCUGGUCAGGGAUCUGCGAGGCAAGAGCGAGAAGGAGUUCAAGGCUUACGUGUCCCUUUUCAUGAGACACCUGUGUGAACCCGGGGCUGAUGGUGCAGAAACGUUUGCAGAUGGGGUGCCUCGAGAGGGUCUGUCUCGGCAGCAAGUCCUGACAAGGAUAGGAGUCAUGUCUCUGGUGAAGAAAAAGGUGCAGGAAUUUGAACACAUCAAUGGGAAAUGGAGCAUGCCAGAGCUUAUCCCAGAGGUCACUGCUGAUUCUAAGAAAUCAUCCAGAGCCUCGUCCCCUGUAGUGAAGACAGCAACAACAACACCAGAGCCCAGCUGUAGCAACACGCCCUGCACUUCGAAGCCAGCAACUCCUGCUCCAAGUGAUAAAGUGGAGGGAAGUGGAAAUCCUGCUGAAAAGGAGAUGACAGAUGCCAAGGACGAAGAGGCAAAUGGUGGCGAGAAAAUGGAACUGGAGACUCCGAGUACAGAGGAAGAUCCUGUGACCUUUGAAAAAGCUGAGACCCAACCACUAAUUAGUGAAGAUAUUAAAGAGCUGCCAGAAGAGGAGAAGCAGAGUGCUGGACUAGAAGGACAAGAUGCAGUGUCCAAAGAUGAAAAACAAGAGACUGAAAGGAGUGGCAGGGAAACGACAGUCGAAAAAACUGAUGUGACCUCAGAGGUGAAAGAAAAGGUCGAGCCCGAGACUGCUGUUGUUAAAGAGGAGACUAAAACAGAGAAGGAUUUACGAUCUAGUAAUGUUAAAGAUGAAAGCAAGAACAACGGAAAGAGGGAGGAGGACCGGACAGAGAAGUGCAAGUUCAUGUUUAAUAUUGCAGAUGGAGGCUUCACAGAGCUACAUACACUGUGGCAGAACGAGGAGCGGGCUGCAAUAUCCUCUGGGAAAGUAUCUGAAAUUUGGCACCGACGACAUGACUUCUGGCUACUCUCUGGGAUUGUUGUGUAUGGAUAUGCACGGUGGCAGGACAUUCAGAAUGAUGCCAGGUUUGCCAUUAUCAAUGAACCCUUCAAAUUGGAAGUGAACAAAGGAAACUUCUUGGAGAUGAAGAACAAGUUUCUUGCUCGAAGGUUUAAGCUUCUGGAGCAAGCAUUGGUAAUCGAGGAGCAGCUGCGGAGGGCAGCCUACCUGAACAUGACACAAGAUGCCAGUCACCCAGCCAUGGCACUCAAUACCCGCUUUGCAGAAGUGGAAUGCCUGGCUGAGAGCCACCAACACCUGUCUAAAGAGUCACUAGCUGGGAACAAGCCUGCCAAUGCUGUCCUGCACAAAGUUUUGAACCAACUGGAGGAGCUGCUGAGUGACAUGAAGGCAGAUGUGACCAGACUCCCCUCUACAUUGUCACGGGUCCCACCAAUAGCUGCUCGUCUCCAGAUGUCGGAGCGCAGCAUCCUCAGCCGAUUGGCCAACAAGGGAAGCGAGGCUGCAAAUACACCAGCCUUCCCACCAGGCCCAUAUACAACAUCUCAAGCAUAUGGUGGCUCUUUUGGGCCACCUGUUCCUGUCAGUACACCUGGAGGCCCAAUGAAUUUCAGUCAGGUGCCAGGUGGCUCCUUUGUAACAGCAUCCAACGGUCCUUCUGUCUUAGAGAAAAAGGAAAGCGGCAAGGACGGAGUGAAUGUGGAAAAGAAAGAGAAGAGCGGGGAAAUAAUAUGCAUAGAUGACUGAACUCUCCCAACCCUCAUCCUUGCCUGUCCCUGCCCUCCAUGCCGGUUAUGUUUAUAUUUUGUUUUGAGAGGAAACACAGGCUGAUGUGGUCGUUUGUGUGUUUAAUGCCCCAGAAGGUGUGAGUGAAUGGGAGGGUUUAUAACUUUUUGAAGAUCUCUUCUUAACUCUCCACUAGCUCACUCCCAAUCUCCCAGAGGUUGCCAUGGUUUGGAUUCAGACAUUGGUGGGAAUGUCACUGUUGAUGUGCAUUGGUGAUCUUGGCUCACAGUAGUUUUAGAUGUUGAUGCAAGGCAUCGUCAGUUUUUUUUUCCCUCCUCUUCCUCUCGUUGUUGGAAAUUCUGAGUGGAUGAGCAGGGAAGACUUCAGCUCCAAAUGUCACCCCUAAUGCUGGGAAAUGUGAUGUUAUUUGAGCAUAAUGCGUCUGCCUUGACUUACUAAUGAGGAUAUGUUUAGCCUUUGAGACUCAAUUCUGAGUUAUCCGCAAAAACACACCAGUUGAAAUUGACUCCACAUAUUCAGCCCAAGUAACUAGGGGCUGCUGCAGAAAUGUCACCCAGUAAAAGUUUAGAUGAGCGAGUACAGAAAUUUUGCACAAUGUAAUUGUAGCUCUUCGAGAUAUACUGGGCUCUGCAGCACUCAAGCCUCCUUGAGACAUGUUGUAGGUUGUAUAUUGGAUGUGAGAAGAGAGGGACUGGGUCAUUCUUGCUACAUUGUAGGAUACAAUAGCUUUUAAAAGGUGUUGCACCUCAGUCCUUAUGGGUUGAUACCACAUCACUACUAGAACAACCCAUUUUCAUCGGAUAAUAAAGAGGUGUAUUGUGUAAUUGUGUGGUUUGAUUCCACGCCUAGAUCUCACCAGGCACACCCAUUUCCAAAAUAAUCUUUCCAACUUGAUCACUCUUGGCCUAGCCUCUAGGGCAGUCGUUUUAGAUUUAGGGUAUCCAUUUUGGCAGCAAGGCACCAAAUUACUUGUCAAUCCCAAUUUGCUUCUAUAUCAAUCUAUUUAUUUGCUUCCCUGAAAGGAGUGUCAGUAGAGCUGCGUUGAGGAAGGGUGGUGGAGGGGAUUGAAAAGCCUAGCUACUGGGAAAUUGGCAUUCUGCUAAAUUUUCUUCCUUAUUGCCUGAAUGUUCGUUCAUACGUCAAGUGUUCUAUUUUAUUACACUUUUUUCUUAAUAUUGGGAUGAAAAUAACUGCAAAUCUGGAGAAAUUGAAAUUUAAAAUGGAGAACACUUGGCAAUGGACAAAAGGGGAAUUCAGCGUUGUGAAAAGAGAAAUUAGAAUAUUUUCCAGUAAGGUUUUCGUUGCAGUGAACCUGGGCACGAUCUUGAACUCUACUUUUUCUGUCCCAUGCUGGCUGGCUGACUUCCUGUGCUUAUUUUUACAUUCGAAAGGAUAUGUUAAGCAUUGGAAUUUAAAGAUUUUUUUUUUUUUUUUUUUCUUUGUUGAAAUUUCUGCAGCCUCUCCUUGUAAUCUGUCCCUUGCCAUGAACUGUGUUGGGCCUUAGCUUUGUGCAGUGAAGAGGCUAGUGGAAUAGAUGUACUCAGGAAUAUGGGGUAAGUGUGUGUGGAGGGAACAGAAUGCCAAGCUCUUAAGUGAACCAUCCUGCUUUUCCUGUAUCACUUGUGCAGAUCAAGCAGAAGCACAAAUUUAUUUAUCACGUCAUAGUGUAUCCCAGUACUGUUUAUAAAGGAAAUACCUUCAUGCUUUCUUGAAUGAGAUACUGCUCCUCUGACUUCUCCCCCAACCCCCACCUUCUCUCCUCACAUUCUGAAUGAGGAUGUGAAUACAAGUGGCCUUUGGCCUUGCUACUCUGGGAUGGGUGGAUGGAUGAAUGUUUCCUACUCGCUGCCUGGUUUUGAGAGAAUAAGCAUGUCUCUUUCCCUGGUAUGUGACAUUGCUACAUGGCCGAACAGUUUUCCAGCACACUAUUCCUGUACUUAUGGUCCCUGCCAGGUUGUGACUGAUUUGUAACUUGUGGGAUAAGGGCUGAUGGGAGUGGGAGAUUGGUGGAGAUGUUUACGCCAGCAGAAGUCGAGAAGGGUUGGGGCAGGGAGAAAGCACAAACUGAUGUGCCAUAUGCUUUGAGCAGAGAUCUUCUGUUCAUCGAGCUCAGGACUCCGUAGCUGUGAAGAUCUGUGACAUUCCGUCCCACCUCAACCCAAGGGAAUGGCAUUGACCAGCUCGGCACCUGUAGCGAGCAGGCACCGGGGCAAAAACUGCUUCAGAAAGGAAACUUUAAAAUGUGUACUUUAAAUUAUGUCUGCGUAAUAAUCUGUUUCAGCUGACAUCUAUUAUUACUUAAUAUCCUUUGUUUUAAAAGAAUAUUUUGAAAAUUUUUUCAUUAAAGUUUUUUUGUUACAUGUUU